AUGCGCUUUAUCGUUUGGGGAUAUCCGGAUUUACAAACCAAGCAAACAAACCAUAAAAUAUCACAAGUUGUUUGUAGCGGAUACAAAUCUUUUGUCAAGCGAGUACAUAGACCAUCAGACACGACGAGGUUGAGCAAUCGACUUUGGAGACCUAAAUAUUAUAAUUUUGUAUCUCUAAACCUAUACCCGGAGAGAGGAAGCAGAGCACAAGUGUACUACACAAUUGGUUUUCUAAUUGCCGAGCAGCUUUCAGAGAGUUACAAAAAUAAAAAAAUUAAUCGGGAUAAAAAUAUCAACAAUAUGACCAAGAGGUUUGAGUUUAAUUGGCAGAUCGAGGUACCGGAGGCUCUCCGCGAGGGAUGUGUCUUUGAUAGGUGGACUGAGGAGAAGGAUAAUACUGAAAUCGAACUUAAUUGUCUCUUUAAGGUCGACGAAUAUGGCUUUUUCAUUUACUGGCAAAGCGAGGGAAAGGACGGCGACGUCAUCGAGCUUUGUCAAGUGAGCGACAUACGGGCUGGAGGUGUACCCAAGGAUCCAAAGCUGUACGACAAGCUGGUGGCCAAGCACGGGGAACAACUAGACGAUAAAAGUCUUGCCAUAUGCUCUGGAGUUGAUUACACGAAUAUUAAUUACCAACAUGUUGUCUGUCCCGAUGUCAAUACUGCUAAGAUAUGGUUGGCUGGAAUGAGACGUAUCACUCACAAUGUCAAAGCCAACAAUAUAUGUCCGCUGACUUGUUUGAAAAAACAUUGGAUGAGACUGAGGAUGCUGGUUGAUCCCAAUGGGAAGGUACCUGUGAAGGUUGUUGCAAGAACUUUUGCCUCUGGAAAGACUGAGAAGUUGGUUUAUCAGUGUCUGUCUGAUUUAGGUUUACCGAGCGGCAAGAAUGAUGUGAUAGAACCAGAUGAUUUUACAUUCGAUGCGUUUUACGCUCUCUACCACAAAAUAUGCCCAAGGAAUGACAUUGAAGAAUUAUUUCAAUCCAUAACCCAAGGCAAAGCAGAUACAAUUAAUUUGGAACAAUUGAUAACUUUUCUGAAUGAGAAACAACGUGACCCAACUUUAAAUGAAAUUUUGUAUCCCCUUUAUGACGACAAACGGGCUUUUGAGAUAAUUAAUGAUUACGAGCAGAAUGAAACUUACAGAAAUCAAAAAACAAUGACUAAGGAUGGAUUUAUCAGGUAUUUAAUGUCAGAUGAGAACGCUCCAGUUUUCCUCGACAGAUUGGACGUCUACAUGGACAUGGAUCAGCCAUUAUCCCAUUAUUAUAUUAAUUCAAGUCAUAAUACUUAUUUGAGCGGCAGACAGUUUGGCGGCAAGUCUAGCGUUGAAAUGUAUCGUCAAGUUUUACUCGCUGGUUGCAGAUGCGUUGAAUUGGAUUGUUGGGACGGAAAAGGCGAGGAUGAGGAGCCAAUUAUAACCCACGGAAAAGCAAUGUGCACGGCAAUUCUCUUCAAAGACGUUAUUUACGCGGUUCGGGACACUGCGUUUGUCACCUCAGAGUACCCGGUGAUACUCAGCUUUGAGAAUCAUUGUAGCAAAACCCAGCAGUACAAAUUAGCUAAAUACUGUGAUGAAAUAUUAGGCGACCUGUUGCUAAAAGAACCACUCAAAGAUUACGCGUUGGAGCCUGGUGUCCCACUACCACCGCCGAGUCUUCUCAAGCGUAAAAUUCUUAUCAAGAAUAAGCGACUGAAACCAGAGGUUGAGAAGCAAGAAUUGGAGCUCUUUAAGCAAGGUCAAUUUGUUAUCGAGGAUGAGAUCAAAGAGGACGCAAGUGCACCAGCUGUUGUUGCCGGAGUUGUAGAACAGCAAUCGGUAGACUCUGCAGUGGUGGAUGUUGUCGCGGUGCAGCAAAACUCAUCAAAUUCUGGCGUAGGUCCAGCAGGUCUAGGUGACAGCAUUGAAUUGGCUGUCGUGCAGCCUUACACCGGUAGUACAACAAACGUCCAUCCCUGGCUAUCUUCCAUGGUAAACUAUGCACAACCCAUAAAAUUCCAAGGUUUCGACGAGGCCGAACAAAAAAACAUGCACUAUCACAUGUCUUCUUUCGCUGAAAACACUGGCCUCAAUCAUCUCAAGACUUCGGCAAUAGAAUUUGUCAAUUACAAUAAACGGCAAAUGAGUAGAAUUUAUCCUAAAGGCACCAGAGCUGACUCAUCAAACUACAUGCCUCAGGUCUUCUGGAAUGCCGGGUGCCAAAUGGUCUCGUUGAAUUUUCAAACGGCCGACCUACCGAUGCAAUUGAACCAAGGCAAAUUUGAAUAUAACGGAUCGUCAGGCUACUUGUUAAAGCCCGACUUUAUGAGACGCGCUGAUAGAAGCUUCGAUCCAUUUGCCGAGAGCCCAGUUGACGGUGUCAUAGCAACGUCAUGCAGCGUCCAGGUUAUCGCGGGACAGUUUUUGUCUGACAAAAAAGUCGGUACCUACGUCGAGGUGGAGAUGUACGGCCUUCCCACAGACACUAUCAGAAAGGAAUUCCGCACCCGAGUGGUCCCCGCCAACGGUCUAAAUCCGGUCUACAAUGAGGAGCCUUUUCUCUUCAGGAAAGUGGUACUGCCCGACCUCGCAGCUCUCAGAUUCGCGGUCUACGAUGAGUCAAAUGGAAAACUCCUCGGCCAGAGGAUUGUUCCUCUAGAUGGUUUGCAGUCGGGUUACCGUCACAUUGCGUUACGCACAGAGGCCAAUUUUCCCAUGUCUCUUCCCAUGCUCUUUUGUAAUAUUGAAAUCAAAAUUUACGUUCCCGAUGGAUUUCAAGAAUUUAUGGACGCUUUAACGGCGCCACGAGCACCAAGAAAGACAGAAAUUCCGUCGCAACCCCGCACUCGAGGCCAAGAUGAAGACAGCAAAAUAUCGGGAGACUCAUCUCAGGCACGAUCCAUUGAAGCCGCCAAACCCAGAGAAAUAAUGGAUUUCGAGCCAAUAACCAUGGAAGUAUUAAGCCAAGAGAAAGCUUACCAAAAAUUAGUCCGUAAGCAGCAGAAAGAACUCGAGUCUUUCAAAAAACGCCAACUCAAGGAAAGAAAUACCGUCCAGAAGCAGCAGUGCGCUGCCAUUGAGAAGCUUAUUAAGGGAAAAAACAAAGCGGAAUUAUCGAGGGAUCCGAUCGUUCGUAGAGCGGUCUCGGAGCAGACGAGCCAGUGGUCGAACGUAACGGAGCGACAGCGGCGGGAGGAGCGAGAAAUGAUUCUGGGUCACCUCGAGGAGCGGAGAACGCAGCUGAGGAAGCUCUGUCUUGCAGCCCAGGCCAACCAGUGCAAGCUCCUGACCACCAGGCACGAGAGGGAAAUCAAGGAGCUCAACGCCAAGCAGGCCCGACUCUCUGUCGAAAGCACCAAGGAGGUAAUGAACGACAAGUCCCUCAAGAGUCGCGGCAUCAAGGAGGGCAGGCUGCGCGAGAAGCAGCAGAACAACACCAAGAGGUUCAUGGAGGAGAGGAAAUUCGCACAAAUGGUUCAGAAUCGCGAGAGGGAAAAGCUCAAAAUGAUACACAAUGAACAGCUUGAGGAAUUGCAAAAGGAAAUGAAUGGGAUGAUGGAGAUGCACAAGAACCAGCAGAUUGAGUACGAGUUGGGUCCAAAGAAUGAAUUCUACGUGUGA